UCUGCUUACUUUUAGUACACACCAUCUCGUGAAGAUGGAAUUUGUUCCAGGACCCGCUGUCCAUCGUGUGCUCUGCGCUGAUUGUGGCAAGGCAUCCCAAAGCAGUGUGUGUUGUCACCAACUUUUUGAGCAGCAUGAAGAACGAAAUUGCGAGCGUUUUCUAUCGCCCCCUCAAUCUUGGACCCUCGCUCGACCAGAAUCCCAAGAAUUACUGGCGAUCUGUCUGAAGAGGCUCAAGGGCUUGAAUAAAGUCCGGUUGACGGAAGCUCACUUCAUAUGGACGGAGCCUCACUCGAAGCGAUUACGAGUCUCAUUGACGAUUCAGAAGGAGGUUCUGACAUCGACGAUACUGGAGCAAAUCUUCGAGAUCGAAUAUCUUGUCCAGCAUGGACAAUGCCCUGACUGCACUAAGCUGGCAGCGAAAAAUACGUGGAAAGCACUUGUACAAGUGCGACAGAAAGUGUCCCACAAACGAACACUGAUUUUGAAGCACGGGACACAAAAGGAUACGAUAUCCGUCAAAGAGGUCAGAGAUGGCCUCGACUUCUUCUACAGUCAACGAAGUCAUGCGAUCAAGAUGGUCGAAUUCUUAGCAGGGGUUGUUCCAGUGCGAUCGAAGGGUUCCGAGCAGUUGCUCUCCACUGACACUCACUCGGGCACCGCAAACUAUAAAUUUACCUACUCUGUCGAGAUUGUCCCGAUUUGCAAGGAUGACCUUGUCUGCAUUCCUCCAAAGCAGGCCCGGCAGCUGAGCAACAUAAGCCCGCUUACCAUUUGUACCCGGGUCGGCAACUCUUUCCAGCUCUUAGAUCCUGCAACACUGCAAACUUGCGAGAUAUCAGCGCAGGUUUACUGGAGGGCGCCCUUCGCCUCUCUGGCAACGGUGACAGAUCUGGUUGAAUUUACGAUCCUGGACGUCGAGCCCUCAGGCACCGUCCGUGGCAAAUGGGUCUCCGCCGACGCGCAGAGCUCUAGCGUGUCAACCCAGAUCUUCCACACGCGGACACAUCUAGGCGCUAUCCUGCAGCCCGGCGACACUGCGCUGGGGUAUCAUCUCAGCAAUGCCAACUUCAACUCAGACGACUUCGCAUCCCUUCCUUCAUCUCGCAUCCCUGAUAUCAUACUCGUGAAGAAAACGUACCCGAACCGCAGAAAGAAGACUAAGACGAGAAAUUGGAAGCUGCGGAGUAUUGCGAAGGAAGCUGGGGAGGAGGGCGAAACUGGGGCCGGGCGGGGUGUUGUUGGACGUAUGGGCGGACGAGAUCAGAAGAAAGUGGAAGAGGAUUAUGAGCUGUUUUUGCGGGACCUCGAAGAAGAUCCCGAGUUACGUGGGACGGUCAAUCUAUACGCGGCCAAGGAUACGAAAAUGCGUGAUGCCACUGAUGGAGUACGGAAGAAAGGAGGCCAAUAUGGAAUGGACGUUGAUGAAGCGGACACAAGCAAUACUACUGUGACAAAUGGAGACGAACAGGAUGCAGAGGAGGAACCUGACUUCCCCGCAGUGAAACUGGAGGAAUUAUUAGAGGAAUUUGACGAGAUGACGCUUGGAGAUUCAGAGGGCUCAUGAUUUUUACAGUCUAGGUGUGAGCUUGUCAAGCGCGCUCAAAUAUUACAAUAUAUGGAUUUUUGGCUGCUCUUUUCUUCGUCUCCGGCGUUCUCUAAGUGUCGGUUUUUUUUACAAAAAAAAAAGACG